CUGGUUGUGUUUGUGGCACUGGAAUUCCUUGACGUUCAAAGCUCGGCGGGAGGGAGAGAAUUCACUCCACUGGCGAAUUUCAAGAAGCAUCUGGUGCUUCAGGGACCACCGCUGUGUGUUCAUAAGAGACAGCGAAAGGGAAAGGCUCUCCUGUGAUAAGCGCGGAGGACCCCGUGUGGACGGACCUGUCAGCAGCCCCACACUCUUCUUUUCCGUUUGCUCCGCAGCAGCUGGAGUGUUGUUUGCGAACAUGCUGUGGCGUUGCAGCCACUUGGCCGGGGCAGGCCCUGGUGCCACAGAAACGCUCAGGGCGAGGGCAGCAGACCGCAGCAUUGCCUCUCUGGGAGGGGGGCGGUUCCCCCUCUCAGCCGGCAGGGAAGCUCCGGGGCUGCCUCCGUCUGGACUCUGCAGGAAUGGGGGCUGCUGCGGCUGCCGGGUGCUUCCUCCUGGCUGGGCUGUUCCUCUGCCCCCUUUGGGGGUCCGCGUGGAGUGGGCAGCAGAUGGACAGGCUGGCGGACAGAAAGCUGUGUGCAGACGCGGAAUGCAGCCACCCCAUCUCCAUCGCGGUGGCCCUCCAAGACUACGUUGCCCCCGACUGUCGGUUCAUCCACAUCCAGAGAGGCCAAGUUGUCUACGUCUUCUCCAAGCUGAAGGGCCGCGGACGACUCUUUUGGGCAGGCAGUGUGCAAGGAGACUACUAUGGGGAGCAGCCGGCCCGCCUGGGUUUCUUCCCCAGCUCUGUGGUCCAGGAGAGCCAGUACCUGAAGCCAGGCAAGGUGGAGGUGAAAACUGAGAAGUGGGACUUCUACUGCCUGUGAUGUGAGCUGCCCAGCCAUGGAGGACGCCCGCUCUUGUCGGGAGGCCACGCCAGCCAGGCUUGAAGGCCCAGCCUCCUGCCGGAUCCGCUCUUAGCAAAACCCAGGUCUCCUUGCUGCUGCUGCUGCUGCUGCUGCUGCUGGAGGAGAAAGCGGUGGGCGCCUUGACUGCUGGACUCUCUCGGGGGCCGCUCCUUGACCCAUAAAGGUCCUCUCAAGCAAG